UCCUCUUUCCAAAAUCCCCCAUUGACUGAAAGAGAUGAUUAACUCUCACUGCCCACCGCUGUCUUGACGAAGGUGCUUCCAGAGACACACCAGGAGGGCUCUCCUGUUCCCUUUACAAAUGAAUUAGGUCACAGGUGAGAUGGCAGCCGCUGGGCAGCGCAAAGGGAAAAAAGAUGACAAUGGCAUCGGCACAGCCAUCGACUUUGUGCUGUCCAACGCCCGGCUGGUGCUGGGCGUGGGUGGAGCCGCAAUGCUGGGCAUCGCCACGCUGGCCGUCAAACGGAUGUAUGACCGGGCAAUCAGUGCUCCCAGCAGCCCCACUCGCUUGAGCCAGUCGGGAAAGAGAAGCUGGGAAGAGCCAAACUGGCUGGGCUCCUCCUCACGCUUACUGACCCAGGACAUGAAGACUAGCAUCAGCCGCUCGCUGCAGAACCUUCCCACUGAUCCUUCGGCUGCAGACACAGACUUUUUCCGACCCACAAAGCCCAAGCCAUCUGCCAAGAGGAGUCAAGUGGAGCUGAAAAAAUCCCGCCUUCGUCUGUCUCUGCAAGAAAAGCUCUUUGCUUAUUAUCGGAGGAAGGUAGCUAUCCCAGCGGAUGAGCAGGCCCGGGCCAAGCAAGCAGCCGUAGAUAUCUGUGCCGAGCUGCGCAGCUUCCUUCGUGCCAAGCUGCCGGACAUGCCCCUGCGUGACAUGUACCUCAGCGGCAGCCUGUAUGAUGAUCUUCAGGUAGUGACAGCUGACCACAUCCAGCUCAUUGUGCCUCUGAUGCUGGAGCAGAACCUGUGGUCGUGCAUCCCUGGAGAGGACACCAUCAUGAACAUUCCUGGCUUCUACUUGGUGCGUCGGGAAAACCCAGAGUACUUUCCCCGUGGGAGCAGCUACUGGGACCGCUGUGUGGUGGGAGGUUACCUUUCUCCCAAAGCUGUAGCAGACGCCUUUGAGAAAGUUGUGGCUGGCUCCAUCAACUGGCCAGCAAUUGGGAGUCUCUUGGAUUAUGUGAUCCGUCCAGCAGCUCCCCCGGCAGAUUUGACGCUGGAAGUCCAGUAUGAUCCAGAACGGCAUCUUUUUAUUGACUUCCUACCAUCCCUAACACUGGGUGACAUCAUCCUUGUGGCCAAACCCCAUCGACUGGCCCGGAAUGACAAUCUGUGGCGACUGAGCCUGCGCCCAGCAGAAACUGCUCGCCUCCGGGCCUUGGACCAGUGUGAUUCUGGCUGCCGCUGCUUGUGCCUGAAGAUCUUCAAAGCGGUUUGCAAGUCGAACCCAGCCCUGGGUCACCUCACUGCCAGCCAGCUCACCAAUGUCAUCCUCCACCUAUCUGAAGAGGAGUCCGAUUGGUCCCAGGACAUGCUGGCUGAUCGCUUCUUGCAGGCGCUGAAGUGGUUGAUCCGCUACUUGGAGGCAGGUGUCCUCCCUAGUGCUCUGAACCCCAAGGUGAACUUGUUUUCAGAGCUGACCCCUGAAGAAGUGGAUGAGUUGGGCUAUACCCUCUACAGCUCUCUGUCAGAGCCAGAGGUCUUGCUGCAGACGUAAUGAAGCCUUACCUGGGGAAAUCUUGAUAGCGUUUAUCCAAGGUGGACUUCGAUUACUGCGAAAUAUGCCUCCUCCACUUCUCUCUCUCUGUCUCCUUUUGGUUCAUUAUUAUUUCCUAGUGUGGAGCUGAUGUUCCCACUGAAUUUCUUGGUGCUACUGGUCCAUUUCCACCAUCUCUGCCCCAACAGGUACCCAUUGGCUGGGGAAAAAGAGGCUAAAACUUCAGCUCUAAGAUCUCCACAUAAAUUCUGCUCAUGUUUAAGUGUCUACCAAAAAAAAAACUAUGCACUUCUUUAACCUGUAAAACACUUACUUCAGUUGGGACUGAAGAAGGUGGAACUGGGCUGGUAAAUCCGGUGACUAUUUUAGCAGACUUGCAUUGAGGUCCUUUCCUUUCCUCCAGACUGCCUGCCCCAAUUCUUUUUCACUGCUGUGCCACACUGUUUUGCUUUCCUCUUUGUUUAUAUUUUCUUUUUUGACCCUUUGAGCCAGUUGUGCAGAGCAGACUGAGCGAGAUGUUUUGGAUAGGGUUGCUUUUUUGCGUUUCUGAGUGGAUAAUGAUUACACUGGCAGUGUUUAGGGCUGUUAGAGUUUGUAAGAAGAGAAUGCCCAUGGCUUCUGCUCCUAUGGACCCUUCUUACCCUUUGCAAGCUGAGUUCAGGAGUAAGGGCUGAGGCUUGUCCAGUCUGCUGCAACACAACCUCCAGCAUGGGCUUAGCUCACGGAAGCUCUCGCUGGGGAGGAAGAAGCUUUUGUGGUCUGGCUAUGUGAUGAGGCCAAAGGAGCAGAGCUUGCCAUUCCUGCCUAGCCAGAUCUGCUGGGUGUUGCUGGUGGGAAUAUUCCUGGGAAUGAGGAAUGGAGAACAGCGUGGCUCCUUAGAUGUAUCUCUGGCCUGGAGGAAGAGAGGCUGAUGAUAGGGGAGGGGUGGGAGAAACACAUGGGAAUGGGGAUUACUAUUUUUCAUCUUUACCUCAAGAGUUCAUGGCUGUUGUAGUUUAUAGGAGAUGUAAGCAAGACUGCAUGCCUCAAAGGACUUUGCCAUAAGCACACAUAAAUGAGAUUCUCACCAGCUGUAAGUCCAUGAAGGUGAUAGGAUUGAACUGGUGUCAUCAGCAAAGUUCUGUCCCACACACUGAUGUUAGGGUACCUCUGCAGAGCUGGCAUUUAGAGACAAGUUGUCUUUGCCAUCUGCUCUCAGUGUGUGUUUUAGUCCCCUCCCCAGCCACCUCAGAACUAAGGCUUUCCAUCCUCUUCCUCAUUCCUAUGCGCUGACUUUCCAGUGCUCCCAGUUUACAAUUACUCUUAGAGUGCUGUGGAGGGCACACCUUUCCACUCAGUCUGUUUGGACCUGUUGGUAAUGCAGUUCUGCCUGGCCCUGCUUAUGGCUGCUGUCAGGCCACACUCCGUUGGCUGCCCUCCCAUCUGCUGCUGGACUGCAAAGGCUUCUGGGGGGGGCAGCUGCUGCACUGUUGGUGUCUCCUACACGAGCCACAUGGACUCUGCAUACUCUGCAUUCAGCCUUCUGGCUUCCUUGCCUUCAAAAAGGGGAGAGAGGUUAUCUUCCUGAGUCUGAGGCGCUGGCUCUCAAAACACCAGCUCAGCUGUCCUUGCAGAAACAUACUUGCCUUUCCCCACCUUUAGCACUUUUUCUUUCCCCUUGCUGUCCAGCCUCUUUAGCCAAUGGAGAGGGAUGCUGCAGCAACAGAUUGGAGGGAGCAGGAAUCCUUUUCUCCUUCCCUCUCAGGACUUAACUCCCCUCUGAGAGACACGUUUUAAGGUGAGUUCCAGGAGUGGAACCACGGAGGGGAGUCUUUAGCCCUCAUUUUCUUUUUGGAGACAGUGAGAUGAGAUGAGGGAGGGAGCAUCUUUCUCAGACGAUCCGUCCAUUUUAGUCAGCGUCAGACAGUAUUCCAUAUACAGUGAUAAUGCAACAUUGCAUUUUAAAUUAUUUAAUCCUUAAGGUACUGGUAUUUUCUAGACUGCCAGAUGUGUACUUUUGAGUUUGUGUGUGUAUAUAUAAAGUCUGUAGUCUAUAAAAGGUUAACAGAAAUUCUGUUUGUAUGAUUUUGUGUUUUGUAAGUUUUGCAGCAGCCAAUGUCAGUCAGCUAUUGAUUGCUGUUCACUCUGGUUCCCAGAUUAUUUUCCCCUCUUCCUUUCCCUGCCCUUCUGAUGUCAGCCUUUCUACCCUAAAAGCAGACAGAUGAGACUUGGAGCCUAUAGGCUAUUGGGGGAAAUUCCCCUUUCUUCUAAUUACUUGAAGGUAAACAAAAAUACUAAAAUAUCGGGGUUGUCAGGAGUUCUCUGUAAGUUCGUUUCUUUAGUGUGAUCUCACCCUCACUUGGUGCUGACUCCAAUACCAUGGUCUUCACGCAGAAUUGAGCAACAGCAUGGUUUGGAAUGAUCAAAACAAUAGGUAGAAAAAAGGUGAGAUAUAAGCAGGAGAAGGACACUGUCUGAGCUGGCUUGAGAACAGUUGCCACAUACAUAUCUGUAUAUAGAAUUUUUUACAUGAAUGCUUUUACUUCCUGGCAACCGAAUGAAUUAAUAUUUUAUGACCAUUUCUUGCUGCUAUUGAGCUCAGUCAGUAUAUCAAAUGGAGACUGAAGCUGCCUUUUUGCCUUUUCUGUAGACUUUGCUCCACUUCACUUGAAUCACUUCCAUCAUUUCUUCCCUUCAGUUUUUGCCUCCUCAGUGCUAGCCAUGAGCCUGUUCUUGGGAGGUAAAUGCUCACUUCCUACAGGCAGCCACCAGCGCCGGGCAACAGCUGCCCUGGCACUGGCAGUCUCAGCGAAGGCCAAAGAUGUCAUAGGUCACAGGGACACUGCAACUAGGAGUGUUUCAAGAGCAUUUUUCGCAGCUAUAAAGGGAACCAGAAACGGGAAAAAGAGCAGGUCAAGUAUGCAGGGAAUGUAACACUAAUACUAUGCCCAGCCUGUGGGUCAGACUGUUGCAGGGUCUUUUGAACUGGCACCUUCAGUGUUAAAUGCAGUACAUGGGUUGACGUACGGCCCAGAGGGCUGUCUUACCCAUAGGUAGGCUCCUUCAUAGUCAAAGCUGUAGCACAGAACAGAAGGACCUGAAGCUGAAUGUGAACAGGGCAGCUGCCAGCCACUGUCCUGGCAGAGUAGCUCAGAGACAAAUUGAUUGUAAGAGGCCCAGAGUGUGCAUUUGGUUAGUUGUUGUCUGGGCUCCAAGAAUGCCUUGGUGUGUUCUGCUGUAGCUCAGCUCACAUGAGCUUCCCACGAGAUUUUUGUCUUGUUCCUGUAACCACAGGGCUAGGACCAGCUUGCUCAGCAGUAGGGUUUCACUGCUGCUGAGAUCCACUGCUAAUCCUUCAAGUCAGAUGGAUUUCUUUCCCAGUGUUUAAAAGCAAUUAAGGAAACAAGAGGUUGCUUUCUGCUUCCUGGUGACCUGCCACCAGGCCCCCCAGUCUUAGCAUGUGGGUACUCGGGAGAAGUGAAGAGAUAAUGCCUCAUGUCGCCCAGGCCUGGGGUCUGUGGAUUUGAAAACGGGAAAGUCUUAAGUGCGUGGUCUGUGACAGAGUGUGUGAAAUUCUGAAAUAAAACAACUUUCCACAGUAACCUGGUUGUUUCUGGUGUGUUUAUAAACAAAAGAGUGUAUCUCUGCUUUUGUCUAAGUGCAUUGCCUUUAUGCUGACACAAGUUUGCACCACACCAAGCGCUUGGAGACUGACAUGCCCCUUGCUAAUUCGCUUGCUUUCCCUUUGGGGCUCUGGGCACUCUGCAGCUUGCCUUGGGAGAGCAAUCAGCUCUUUGCUGCAGCGUGCUGGCUCCCGGCAGCAUUCGCAUCAAUCACAAGAUGAUGUGUAAUUAUGGCGCUGUGCCUCCCAUCCUUUCUCUGAUAGCCUGCGUGCCUGGACAGGCACUUGUCUUUUAUGUGGCUCCCCAGAAUUCACAGGCUUCUGUGCCUCUUUAAUAUUAAACCAUCCUGUGCAGACUUCCCCACCUUUGCUCAGUCACAUGCUGGUUUCUAUGUGCCAAUGCUUCCCCCUGCCAGAUGCGCUCCUCUCUUAUCCAAGCAUCAGCCUUGAGGUGGUGAGGAAGCUGCUGUGCCGUUGGGUUGUGUCUGGUGUAUUAAUGCUCUUUGCAGUAAGACUGAGGUUUAUGUGCCUGCUUGGGAAGGUGGGGCAGAGGUAUUAGACAUCAAGUAAAGCAUGAAGUGAUGUUGCUUUUGAUGGAUCCUAGGCUUCUUUAUUCUGGAAGACGUAGCAGUGUGACAACAUAGUCCUGUGAGACUUGUUUUAAUGAGGACUUGGUAAUUAACAUUUAACUGUUUUGGAAGAUAUGUUAUGAUACAAAGGGAGUCUAUACCUCUAACAUUUUUUUUUCUGAUACACCUUGCCUGUGUUGUUUUCGUUUGUUUUUUUUUUUCCUUUAAUCUGUUCUGUGGUAGAAACAGAUCAGAUGAGAUCAAGCACAUUCACGUCAUAUGGAGUCUUACAGGAACAGCUAAAAUGAGCUGCUUUGUGGAAUCUGUGCCAGGUAUUACUCCCUCAAGUGAAUGCCCCUGGAAAGUCUAGAGCUUGCAAUGCAUGUUUAAUGUAUGCAGUGGUUUGCACCUUUGCAUAAAAGCUUUCUCUCCGUGUGAAUAGGGAGGAAAGAUCAAAAGAUAGGGUCUGUUUAAUGCAGGGAAGAAAUAAUUGGAGGGAGUCAUGAUAAUUAUCUCAAGUAUGGAAAAGGUUGCUACAAAGAAGAGCGUAAAUGGUUCUCCAGGCUGCAAAGACUCAGCACCUCUUUUUUUCUUAGCCAAAGAAACAAAGAACCUUGGGAGGGAAGGUGAA